CUGCAGGCCAAAUUGCUGUGCCUGAAUCCUGAACCUCAAGGAAGUUUGAUUUCUGUCGAAAGGACGAAGAUCCAGACUUCUGACAGCGCCGCUCCCCCCGCAUUUGCCAACCUCCUCCGCAUUUGAUGAGAACGGAGGCUCAGUCCUACUCUCUCCCUGUUUCUGAUCCCGUCAAUCUACUUGGUUCACAAAAUGUUGCAAACUACAUCAAGUACCGUUUUCCUCUUCAUCGCCUGGUUGUUGUUUGCGGCAACAUCGUGUCUAGCCGGCAAACGCCCGUCUGCUUCCAUCGAGUUCAUCCCAGGGCCGCCCCGAAGCCAGCGCCGCUACCAUCGAGACAGCGAGUAUGGCGCCGCUGAGGUGGUCUAUGGGCCUCUCGUGCCCCGCAUGCACGGCGUGCACAACCAAAGCGAGCCACACGGGCGACGAGCGAAUCCCGACGGAAUGGACGAAUACGGCCCGCUCCUUCGUGUCCCUGGAUGUUUCUACUGUCCCCCGCAAAAUGUCCUGCAACUGACGGGAAGACCACUUCUCGACAGCUUGACCACCGCCAAGAUGCAGCAGUAUAUGCGGGUUGGCCGCCCAGAGGAUUUGAAGAACAAGUGCGUCUUCUAUACGGCCUAUGUCAGAGUCCCUAAGCCGGACGGUGCGAGUCUUAGCAAGGAGGCUUCGGACUGGGCCUGUAGCAAGAGCAAGUUCAGCAUCUGGCAUCUCUGGCCAAACAAGAUCAUGGAGACCGAUCCAAGAUUUAAUGGUCAAUAUCGGGACUUUUACGGUAUUGACAGAGCCGGGAACUGGCUUAAUUCCAUCUACACCCUUAAGAAGACGCUGGCAGACAGGGGCGUGCCUCCCACGAUCCAGUACUUUGAGAACAUGUCAGAAGCCAUGGCAAGAAGCUGCAGCGGUGAAGUGGUCAUCAUGACCCAGACCCCAGGAACAAUGGGCCAGUACGCCUUCAACGGCCCCAACAUCUGGUGGAAUAAGGAGAGACCCGCCCUUCUGAGCCUCAAAGCCCAAGGCAAGAUCACCCGCUUUCUCGUCGUCAACUGGAACAACCCCAACGAGAUCUGGGAGCUUGACCUUGACUCAAACCAGCGGGGCGCCCGGGUAGACCCGGGCGCCUUGAUGUCUCGCGACCUGCAUAAUGAGACCGAAGCAACGCGGCUGCUCCACCGGGCCGUUUGCGAAUCGUCGGGGCUCGCCGAGAUGCUCGCCGUGGGAGAUCCGUUUACCGACAACUACGAUCUCUUUCCUACGUUCGAGUCUGAGGCUUGAUUUGGAAUGCAAAUUGGCAUCAAGUCAAGCGACGGGGCGGAUGCGUCUGGCUCGCUCCUAGAAGUGUAUGAGCACGGGCGUCGCGAUUAUGGUGUUAUGGGUAUGAUGUAGUAUGUAGGUAGAUUGCAACACAGACAAGUUUCGUCGAG